UGAGAGCCUCGGCCAGGCUUGCGGUACGUCAAGGGUAAAUGUACAUCUCAUUUCCACGGGGCCCACUCGGCUGGAAAAGAAGGGCUUUGAUUUGCUUUGAUAACGCCAGGAUCUGGGGCCACACUCGCGGCUUUUAAUCAAAUCACUUCGAUAUGCCCCAAGUCAAAUGCACGGUCUGGUCCUUCAACACCUCUUGUCCACGUUCCCUGGGCUGCACCCAAGUGUCAAGAGCUGCAAAAGCCACGGGCAACCUCUGCUGGGCUAAACCCAGGGGCUCGGGGAGGGAGUCAUUUGCUCCGCAGCCUCCUGGGAGUGGCCUCCUUGCCUCCCCCAAGUCUAAGGCUCCGCUGCGGCCCCUCCGUGCCGGUUGCGGCCCGCGUUCCCGAGGCCCCGGGGCACACAGAGCCCUUGGCAGUGCGUCUUUAUGGGCCCCCUUUAAGGCCGGCGGAGGCAUCUCGGGCCGGGCGCAGCGCUCAGUCCGUCGGGAGUAGUGGUUGAACUGCGCGCGGAUCCCUCCGCGGGGCUCCUGGCCCCCGUCACGCUGCCUCUCCGUGCACUGCUGUGGUGCGAAAAUGCCUCGUCGGUGCGCACCGGGGCGGCAGCCUCGGCGGCGGGGGCGAGAGCGGCGGGAGGGGGGCCCGGGGGGGGCGCGGUAAGAGGUGGCGGCGGACAGAGGGUGUUUUUUUUUUCUUUUCUCUCCAGAGCGGGGGUUUGUAAACCGAGGCCAGAGUGUCCCCGUGGGCCGGGCGCACUUUUUUCUUGUCCGGGUGCGCUCAGGCACUUUUGGUGCCUGAGAGGAAACAGUGGAGGCAGCGGGGCAGGUCGCCUGGGGCGUCGGCGAUUAUAUUGCGGCCGAGCCGGGGCGCGCCGGGAAAGGCCGGGAGGGCGGCGGCGCGCGGGGGUUGGGCGAGGCCUUGCGACCCGCGAGGGAGGCGGCGCGAAGCCGAGUCUGGGGCGCAAGAGCCGGGCAUGAGCGCCCAGUAGCUGAGCGCCCGCGGCUGCCCGGCCUCAGAAGCGACGGUCGAGCGCGGGCGGGCGGCAGCAGCGACGUAGCCCGGCGGCCCUGGCGGCGUGAGCAGCCGCCCCAGAGGCCCCCGCGGCAGUGCGGCCGAGUCGAGGCUCGCUCCCUGCCUGCUUAGCGCCGCCCGCCUGUCCCGGGCCGCCGCCGCUGCCGCCCCAAUGAGUUCGUACUUCGUGAACCCGUUGUACUCCAAGUACAAGGCGGCGGCGGCGGCGGCGGCGGCGGCGGGCGAGGCCAUCAAUCCCACUUACUACGACUGUCACUUCGCGCCCGAGGUCGGCGGCCGUCAUGCCGCCGCCGCCGCAGCAGCCCUGCAGCUCUAUGGCAACAGCGCAGCCGGCUUCCCGCACGCGCACCCGCACCCGUCCCCGCCGCCCUCCGGGCCGGGGUGCGGCGGUGGGGGCGGCCCGGGCCAGGACUACUUCCACCCCGGCGCGGGCAGCCCGGCCGCUGCCUACCAGGCUGCCCCCCCUCCUCCUCCGCAUCCUCCGCCUCCACCGCCGCCUCCCCCCUGCGGCGGGAUUGCCUGUCACGGGGAGCCCGCGAAGUUUUACGGAUACGAUAACUUACAGAGACAGCCGAUUUUUACGACCCAGCAAGAGGCCGAGCUGGUACAAUAUCCUGACUGUAAAUCGUCCAGUGGUAAUAUUGGCGAGGACCCAGACCACUUAAAUCAGAGCUCGUCUCCUUCUCAAAUGUUUCCCUGGAUGAGACCACAAGCAGCUCCUGGUAGACGAAGAGGAAGACAAACCUACAGUCGCUUCCAAACUCUAGAGUUGGAAAAGGAAUUUCUUUUUAACCCCUAUCUGACCAGAAAAAGAAGAAUCGAGGUUUCCCACGCCCUAGCCCUCACCGAGAGACAGGUAAAAAUCUGGUUCCAAAACAGGAGAAUGAAAUGGAAAAAGGAAAACAACAAGGACAAAUUUCCCGUUUCCCGGCAGGAGGUAAAGGACGGGGAAACGAAAAAGGAAGCCCAAGAGCUGGAGGAAGACAGAGCAGAAGGCCCGACAAAUUAACUUCCACCUUUAAAAUUUUACCACAGACUAUUAAAACUAAUGAUCACCAUAUGCUGUGGACACCACCUAUUUUCUAUUGGAAAGGACCUUACCUGUGUUUCAAGCUACCUUCAUGUCACUGCUCUUGAGGCUUCUGCGCUUUGAGAGGGAUUUGGGUGUUUAAAAAAGUUUCUAGUAUCACAUAGAAGCAGUCCUUGAGCUGUCCUAUGGAAGGGUAAUUUGAUACUGACCUUGUAGCUAUAUUUUUAUAAUGGUUUUUAAUGUCUGAGCUGGUGAUUUGCCUGAACAACGUAAACUUCCUAAUGAUUAGCACUUAAUAAUUGAAUAUAAAAUGCUUUAUUAAUCAAACAAGUGCACUUGAACGUUUUAAUCUUUGUGGUGAGUAAAUUAAAAGGAGUCUAUUAAUUUGUUUUAAAAAUGAUGUCUGCAGAAUACUUUAUAUUAUUUGAUUACAAUGUAUUAUUUAUGGAUUUUUUUCUUCUUUUAUAAUGAAUGGUUCGGGUGCGUUUUGUUUACUCCUAAAAGGUUUCUGUGCGUAUUUUCUAAAUGUAGUAUCUCGGGGAAAAGGCUGGGCUAAACAUUCGAAAAGCACAUAUUAGCUGAAGAGUGUAACGGUAUAGUCCAGCUCUGCAGCUUCCUUAAACUUAAGGAAAAGAUUGGGCCAGUGACAAGAGUUUAAAGGCAAUGUCCAAGUUGACAAUUAUUUUUCUAUAGUCCAUACAAAUUAAAUAAUCUGGCAACUCUGGCAAAUCGCCUUGUAAAAUGCGUCUCAUUUUUUAACUUGCUUUCGUUUUGAACCGCCCCUGUAAUCGCCUGAAAUCGCUAGUUCUUUAUGCAGUGGCUGCCGCUGUGUUCCGUUAUUUUCAGUAGGUGCCAUAUUUAUUUGUAUUGCCUUCGUUUUUUUCGCCGCUGGUUUUAAACCAGCUUGCUGUGCGCAUCUCAGACGUCUGUUGGUACGUCCUCCGCUGUUCUUCAGGAAAGUGAUAGCCUUACCUAUUUGAAACAAGCCCUGAGAGGAAGAGCAGAAAAACCUGAGUGUAAACAACUCCAGAAUGUCGCUAGCUCCUUAAUAAAUAAAUGAAUCUCUUUCUGGA